AUGCCCAGUUUCAGACAUAGCAGCAGACUUGCAGGCUACACUGAUGCGGCAAAAUAGAUCUCUGACCUGGCUGUGUUUGGAGCUGCCCAGAACCACUCUUACAGAUGGCUGGACGACUUUAUAGACACCGUAGGGAAUUGUGUCAGUGGCUCACACAACCUGGAGAGGGCUAUCAAAUACAUGUACAAUGCUACGACACACGAUAGCUUGGAUGUACAUCUAGAUGAGAUUUAACCAGUCAAAAUCUCACACUGGGUGAAAGGGAAGGAGGGUGUAGAAAUGAUUGUGCCCAGAAUUAAAAGUCUGGCUAUACUAGGACUGGGUAGUGGUGUCAGGACACCACCUGAAGGUAAAGACCAUGCUGUAAAAUUAGGCCAGUCAUCUGAUUUCAGCUUUCCUUUUUCUCCUCACUCACUGGGAGCUGUGGCCAUUCGGUCUAUCACUCCUUUCUCUAUUAAUAGUCCCCCCACAGGUUGGCGGGACUACCAGGAUGGAGUGAAGCGCAUCCCCACAGCCUGUAUCACUGUGGAGGACGCUGAGCUGAUGCGGCGUAUGGCGCAGAGGGGGCAGAAGAUCGUAGUCAGACUCAUGAUGUCAGAAGACUCUUUCAACACAGUGGCUGAGAUAACGGGCUGGCAGCACCCUGAGCAGGACUUAUUCGUCUCAUUCUGUGUAUAUUUGAUCGGCAUUGCUAUUUAUUCGAAUCUUUAUCUGUUUCCAGGUCUGCCUCUGAGAAGAACUCUGCAAGUAGUUCUGUGGAUGGCUGAGGAGCACGGUGGAAUAGAGUAUUACAACCUGCACAGGGUGAAUGUGUCAAACGUUGGCCUGGUCAUGGACUCUGAUUUGGGGACAUUCAGCAUGAAAGGUGGGAUUGAAAAUACAGUGAUGGAAGAAGUGGUCAGACUAUUGGCUCCCAUUAAUGUGACAAAACUGGAGACACAUGGAGAAGGGAUAGACAUCUCUAUGCGGAUGCAGGAAGGAGUACCAGGUGCCAGACUCCAUGUGGCAGACAGUCCAUACCAAUGGUUCCAUCACAAUGAAGGUGAUGGCAUGGCUGUUCAGCAACCUUGUGACAUGGACCUUUGCUCGGCAUUGUGGGCCGUGGUUGCCUAUUUCAUGGCAGACCUGCAGGACAUGCUACCAAGGUAGUCAGGUAGUACGUGCUGAUGGUGAACGGGAACAUAGGAUAAUUACUGUGAACCACUGGUUGAUUCCAAAACACGCGGUCAAAUCCAGUCUUUAAAAAAUACUUUAUACUGUAAAGAGUUAAACUUUCUUUAUGUCACCUUCUGUUUACAAUUUGAAUGUGACUUGACUUUGGGUCAAAAGUGAAUCAUACUGUAGCUCAGGGCUGUGUCAUGAUUACUUUGAAUGCAAAGCAAGCUACAGUCCAGUUAGGGUGAAUGCUCUGAAUAAGGGGCAAAUGGAUUUUUUUAAGCUAAUUCUACUUACCACUAAAGAGUAGACCAAGAAAAUUAAAUUUGUAUAUACACUGACCGGCCACUUUAUUAGGUACACAUUAGCAAUAAAGUAUGAAUCAUUGUUGCACACAGUUGACCCCAUCUACUCUUAUGCUGUAAUGCAAUGAAUUUAGCUGAUUAUGUAGUUUCAGUGACAGAAGAAAGAAGAUAAUGAACUAAUGAGAUAAACACAGUGGUCAUUUUUAAAGAAGGAGAGGAGAGAGGAAUGGAGAAGCUGGAGGAGGCAUGAUGAGUCAAGAGAUGAUCAGAACACAAACAGAACAGAGAUCAUACAGAGUUCAAGAGGAAAUAAAGAGAAUUCUCUCUUUUUUGGACAUCAUGCCGAUACAACACAGCUGGGCUGUCUUUAUCCCACAGACUGAUAAGUCAGCACUCGCAUCGGAUGACGUCAGUGUUAGUCAGCCAGCCAGUGCAGAUAUAGUCAUUUUGGAAACAUAGAUGUGUGUGUGUGUGUUUGUCCGACUGUGUGAAACACAGCUGUGUAGUUUUAAUAAUUGCUUGGUAAGCUCUGUUUCAUGUUAGCAACAGUGAUUCACGCACCAUUUUGUUAGGAAAUAAAACAGUAUGUGGAUGUUUGACGCAUACUGGUGUCACAGGUCAAGCUGA